AUGGUUGUCUUGCCACUCCUCCUUUUCUUUUUCCUCGUGGACCACCCAUGUGUCCUGGGUCGUGCGGUUGGCCCAAUUACGUCAGUUAACGAAAUGCUGAAUGCGCUACGUGACGAGUCAGUCGACCAGGUUUUCCUUGGGCCGGGAGUCUUGUCUUUGGACGCGCUGUCCGCGUCGGCAGGUGGCGGCCUUUCCAUAGGUCCAAAUCGCCGUGUGGAGUUUGUGGGCAGUGUAUCCAUACAGCAAUUAUCUAACUCAACGGAUUUGAAGUGGCCUUCCGCACAAGGGUUCCAGUUCGCAAGUGGCAUCGACUUCGGUAGCAACGCGCAAGGCAUUUUCAAAUUGUUUGACAAUACCACUCUUGGAUUUCGUAGUCUUUUUCUAUGGCGUUCAUUGUCACAGCUUGGCUACGACGCCCAGGUUUUGACUUUGGCCCAGCCGGGUAUCAGGGCCGGAGUUCGGUUUAUUCAGACUGUGAAGCUACGGGACGGCUGCCUUCCACUCCAGAUCUUCGUGCAGCAUGUCACGUCUUACACACGGCUUGCGACCAAGGGAGGGCAGCAGACCGCCUCUUUGCAGCCGUUCUGUUACGUGGCCCCUCCUGGAAGCCCUGCUGGCUGGGACUCAGCCAACGGCAGCAGCAGCCGCAGCAGCAGCAACACCAGCAACGUUACUUGCGCACCUGAAGUCUUGGCGAUCGACGACUUGGCCACGAGCAUCACUCGUCCCAACGGCCAGUCGUACGACUUGUACGAGCAAAAGAGUACGUACUGGUGCCGCGCUUACGCCAGCAUGUCGUGCCUCAGCGCUAGCGGACCGGAGCAGUGCGUCAAGGAGCUACUAGUCGUUAGCAGCAGCGGCACAGCUCUGCCCAGUGCGGAGAGCGAUGGAAGCAAGUUGACCAACAUUCUGUUGCCCGCCAUCCUGACAGGUGUGCUGACCCUGGCCUUCCUGUCCGCCACCGUGUGGUGUAUCCACCGACGGGGUGCCGCACAGCGCGGCAGCUCUCUACGCUUUCAAGACUUGGAUCCCGACGCGGAGGCAGCAGCGGGUGGGGGUGGGGGUGGGCCCCGAGGUGUCGGGGCUCGUGUGGGGGGUGCGCUGGCGCGGCUACUACCGGGGACUGCAGCUUGGGACGUGCAGCGAAGGAAGCCCAACGUGCAGGGCUAUGUGCCUGUGGUCAGCAAGGAGGCGCUGGACCGUAUCGCCAAGGUCCGUGCCGAGCUGAGCAGUAAGAUGGUGGUGUCGUCCUCCAGUGAUGACCUGUCGGACGUACGGAACCUGCAGCUGGUGGGCAAGGGGACGUUUGGCAGGGUGUAUAAAGGCGAGUGGAAGGGCGUCACCGUGGCGCUCAAGGUGAUCAGUGUGCCGGUGAGCCAGUGCGGCCAGGCGCAGUGGCAGCAAGUGCUCGGGGAGGCGGCCAUCUCCACGCUGUUGAACCACCCUUGCGUGCUGCAGACCUACUCCGUGGCGCUGCUGGAGUACUCGCCUGCACUGAAGCCGGUCAGCAAUCCCUCUGAAGACGGCGCGGCGAACGGCGCGUCGUCUGGAGAGGCGGGUACUCCGUCACCACCGCAGCAGCAGCAGCCCGUGUCCGUCAGCGGUGCGGCUGCGGACGACUUGGUGCCGUUCUACCAGCUGAAAAUGGUUUCGGAGUUCUGCGAGGGCGGGUCGGUGGUCGGGGCGCUUCGGCGGAUGCAGUUUUACGACUCGAUCGGCGGCGGGACGGUGGCGUCUGGGAUGACGUACCUGCACUCGGCUAACAUCGUACAUGCGGAUUUGAAGGCUGCCAACGUGUUGCUGAAGCAGCAGCCCGGCAGCGGCCGGUUGCAAGCCAAGGUUGGGGACUUCGGACUGUCCUUCAGGCUGGAGGAACCGGAGGCUACGCACGUCACCAAGGGGCAGCUGGGCUCUAUUACCCACAUGGCUCCAGAGGUCCUGGUGCACGGCCGGGUGUCCAAGGCGAGUGACGUGUACAGCUUUGGCAUUCUGUUGUACGAGCUGUACACGGGGCAGCAGGCCUACUGGGACGUGCCACAGCCCAUGCUGGCCUACCACGUGGCUACAGCCGGGGGUAGGCCUCUGCUGCCCGCCCACUGCCCACCCGCCUACCGGGCCCUGGCCAAGGUCUGCUGGUCGUCGGAGCCCGCCGCCAGGCCGACAUUUCAGGACGUGUACAGGCGGUUACAGCUCCUCGCGGAGGAGGUGCACGUAUCCAUGUCAGCGCGCCGGUCCGUACGGAGCGGCGGGCCGCGUAGCGAGCCACCCUUGGGGCCGGACGCCGCCGCCGCUGCCGCCGUUCCCGUCGCCGAGCCCAUCAUCUACGGCGGUGUGAUCUCCGCCGACGGCCAGCUCCUACCCGGGGGCUGCGUCUUGGAAGCUGUAGUCGACAUCGGUACGAACAAAUGCGGAUGUGUGGCGCCGCCACCCAGCCAGGUGACGAAUGCAGGGGGGCCGGCGGCGGCGGCGCCAACAACGCCGACGGGGCACCCUUCGCCGCAGCCAUGUGAGGGUUUGGCGGUGACCCCGCAUCCGCCACAACCUGAGCCUUCACCUUGCCUGGAUAUGUAG